UUGCGCCUUUUUUCCAUUUCCCACACACAUAAACCCCUCCUUGAACCAUUUCUUGUCUUACAAAUCCCAAUUUCUAAACUAAAUCCAAUUCAUUUCAUUCUCUUGAAAUUCUCAAACUACAACUCUAGAAAACUUCAAUAAACUAGGCAUUUUUUAUAUACACUAAGAUAUGAAAAUUUAGGGUUUUAAUUGAGCUAGAAACGAAGCUUUAACGGGGCUCUAUGGGAGUACGAUUGAAUUGUAUCGUCUGAGAUUUUGAGAUAUCUAUAUUUACAUUUUUUUUUUCUUUGUGCAAAUGUCUGUUGAAGAAUUGAAAGAGCAGCAUGUAGCUGCUACAGCAAAUGUUGAUGCACUUAGAGAACGAUUAAAACAAACGCGACUUCAUCUACUGGAUACUGAUGUUGCUCGACAUGCUAAAUCACACGGAAGAACACCAAUUAGCCUUGGUCCUACGGAUCUGGUUUGUUGUAGAACAUUGCAAGGUCAUGCUGGAAAAGUGUACUCAUUAGAUUGGACUCCUGAAAAGAAUAGAAUUGUCAGCGCAUCUCAAGAUGGAAGGUUAAUUGUGUGGAAUGCUCUAACGAGCCAGAAAACACAUGCUAUUAAACUACCCUGUGCAUGGGUUAUGACGUGUGCCUUUUCUCCCAAUGGUCAGUCAGUGGCAUGUGGGGGCCUUGAUAACCUGUGCUCUACCUUCAAUCUUAAUUCUUCAGUUGACAAAGAUGGAAAUUUGCCUAUAUCGAAAAUGCUUAGUGGGCACAAAGGUUAUGUAUCCUCAUGUCAAUAUGUUCCUAAUGAGGAUGCUCACCUAAUAACAAGCUCUGGCGAUCAGACAUGCGUUUUGUGGGAUGUGACUACAGGUCAGAGAGUUUCUGUUUUCGGUGGUGAAUUUCCUUCAGGCCACACUGCUGAUGUAUUGAGUGUCUCGAUCAACGCAUCAGAUCCAAGCAUAUUUGUUUCUGGUUCAUGUGACACGACUGCUCGUUUAUGGGAUAGUCGCGAAGGUACUCGAGCUGUGCGUACAUAUCACGGCCAUAAGGGAGAUGUGAACACCGUAAAAUUAUUCCCAGAUGGGCAGCGGUUUGGAACUGGGUCAGAUGAUGGUACAUGCAGGUUGUUUGAUGUGAGGACUGGACAUGAGCUCCAGGUCUACCAUCAGCAACACAAUGAUGAUAGUAUACCUGCAGUGACGUCCAUUGCCUUUUCAAUAUCAGGCAGACUUUUGUUUGUCGGAUACUCAAAUGGUGAUUGUUAUGUAUGGGAUACUUUAUUGGCAAAGGUGGUUCUGAACUUGGGAUCAUUACAGAACUCACAUAAUGGACGGAUCAGUUGUUUAGGUUUGUCUGCUGAUGGGAGUGCUUUAUGUACAGGAAGUUGGGAUAGAGACCUUAAAAUUUGGGCUUUUGGAGGGCACAGAAGGGCGAUUUGAAAUAUCCAGGCACAGAAAGCUUCAAUAUUCCAAAUAACUAAAUGAGUCACCAUGUGUCUUUUAGGCACCUUUUCCACCUGUGUGCGUGUCAGUGUGUUCAUUGUUCAAUCGAUCCUUUGGCUUUUCCAUCUCUUCAGAAUCCUGAAUCUACUCUCAACAAAAUCAUACAGUGAUAACAGAAAGGGUUGAUUGGAGGACAAAACAAUUAGCCUGCUGCUUCAUUGAACUAAGGCUGUGUUGGUCCUUCUAACAUGUAAUAUUAUUACAAAGUUAGCUUAGGUAAAUCCGCCAUUCAGCUGAUCUGCACAAGAUAUUUAAUUUGUCAAGUGCAUUAAUAUAUUCUUGCCUGUGUUAAUAAUGUACCCCCUGUUGUAUAACUUAUAUUAUUAAGAAUUGACCACCGACUUCCUCCUUAAUAAGAACUUUCUGUCUAAU